CCCGGAGAGUUUCCGCGCAGUGCACUGCGGGUUAAAGGUGCCUUCCCUGCGCGGUGCCUUGUGGGAAAGAGGCAGAGAUCCGUGGAGCUUGUUCGUCACCUCAGUUGGAGCCGUUUAUAUCUCAAGAGAAGCGACAAUGCCGGAGCGAGACAGUGAGCCAUUCUCUAACCCUUUAGCCCCAGAUGGCCAUGAUGUGGAUGAUUCUCAUUCUUUUCAUCAGUCUAAAUUGACCAAUGAAGACUUUCGUAAGCUUCUUAUGACUCCACGGGCAGCACCAACAUCUGCACCACCUUCAAAAUCUCGCCAUCAUGAAAUGCCCAGAGAGUACAAUGAAGAUGAAGAUCCAGCUGCCCGGAGGAGAAAGAAAAAAAGCUAUUAUGCAAAACUACGCCAGCAAGAGAUUGAGCGAGAGAGGGAAUUGGCUGAGAAAUACAGAGACCGUGCCAAGGAAAGACGCGAUGGUGUCAACAAAGAUUAUGAAGAAACAGAACUAAUCAGUACAACUGCCAAUUACAGGGCAGUAGGACCCACUGCAGAGGCGGAUAAAUCAGCAGCAGAAAAGAGGCGGCAAUUGAUUCAGGAGUCCAAAUUCUUGGGUGGUGACAUGGAACACACUCACUUGGUGAAGGGACUUGAUUUUGCUUUGUUGCAAAAGGUACGGGCAGAGAUUGCCAGCAAAGAAAAAGAGGAAGAAGAACUAAUGGAAAAGCCCCAAAAAGAAACUAAGAAGGAUGAAGAUCCAGAAAAUAAAAUUGAAUUCAAGACUCGCUUGGGCCGUAACAUCUAUCGGAUGCUAUUCAGGAACAAGGCAUAUGAGCGGAAUGAGCUCUUCCUGCCAGGGCGAAUGGCUUAUGUGGUGGAUCUUGAUGAUGAGUAUGCUGACACAGAUAUUCCCACAACUUUGAUUAGAAGUAAGGCUGAUUGUCCAACCAUGGAGGCCCAAACCACAUUGACUACAAAUGAUAUUGUAAUUAGUAAACUGACUCAGAUUCUUUCCUAUCUGAGGCAAGGCACUCGUAAUAAAAAGCUCAAGAAAAAGGAUAAAGGGAAACUGGAUGAGAAGAAACCCCCAGAGGCAGACAUGAAUAUUUUUGAAGAUAUUGGUGAUUAUGUACCGUCGGCGGCAAAAGUGCCACGAGAAAAGGAACGAGAGAGAUACAGGGAACGGGACCGAGAACGGGAGAGAGAGAGAGACAGGGAACAUGAGCGAGAUCGUGAACGGGAGAGAGAAAGGGAACGUGAAGAGGAGAAGAAGAGGCACAGCUACUUUGAGAAACCUAAAGCUGAUGAUGAGCCUAAUGAUAUAGACAAAGGACCUGGCUCAGCCAAAGAGUUGAUUAAAUCAAUCAAUGAAAAGUUUGCUGGUGCUACUGGCUGGGAAGGGACAGAACCAUAUCCUUUACAUCUGUAUACUGAAGGAGGGAUUCUAGGUUUAGCAGCUGCUGUAGGGUUUUUGGUAAAACAGAUGUCUUUUAUAUAAAUUUCAACCUUUAUU